AUGGGUCUUUCAUGGGUUCAGUUCUGUCUCAUUUUCCUUGUAGCAACUCAGCACCAAGUUUUUGCAUGGCGGCCAAUGGCCCCAAUGGAAAGUACAAGUGGUGCAGAUGGUCUGUGUUUCAAAUUUAGGGUUCAUAUCAUAGAUGGGUUUAGCAACAAUAACAACCCAUUGUUACUCCAUUGUUGGUCUCUAGAUGAUGAUCUUGGUAACCACACUUUGUAUAUUGGAGGAGAUUUCAACUUCAAAUUUGGCUUGAAAGUGUUUGGUGGAAAAACUAGGUUCACUUGUUCUUUCAAUUGGGGUGCAAAACACCAACAAAUUGAUGUGUUCAGGGAUAAUAUUGAGGCCUCUUUGUGUUGUGUUGGGGAUGAUAAUUGCUAUUGGAGAACUCAGGAUGAUGGUAUCUAUUUUAGUGUGGAUAAUCAAAAUUGGUCCAAAAGUGUUGACUGGUUGCAAUAA